UAUAUUAGAAUCCGCCCCCCUUCAUCAUCAGCUCUGACAGGCCGGCUGGUUCUCUAUCCAACUUUGAGAUCACACUCUUCAUUGUUGCCGUCGACUUCUAUCUAUAACUCGGUUCAUCUUCUUUCUUCCACGGCACACUUCUUCUCACAUUCCAGCGUCCGUUUUCAUUGCAACAUCCCCCCCUUAGGACUUCUAUCUGGCCACAGGCCGCGAACCAGGCAUCAUCAUGGCGCCAUCCAUUCCCAUCCCUACUCAGGGUGGUAUGUUCCAUACCUUUCAAGGAGUCACUCCCCGGAAGCCGGCUACCGACUCCCAAGGAAACGCAAAGGCACCUGGAGCCACCGCAACGAAGAGAAUCACAACACCACAUGCCUGUGCCGAGUGCAAGAGAAGGAAAAUCCGAUGUGAUGGCCAGCAACCAUGCGGACAGUGCCUAUCCAGCAGAGCGCCCAAGAGAUGUUUCUACGACAAGCACAGACAGCGUGUUAUUCCUUCACGAAAGACUCUCGAGGCACUAUCCCAGUCCCUCGAAGAGUGCCGGUCUAUUCUAAGGCGCCUCUAUCCCAACCACGAAGUUCAAUCACUCCUCCCCCUUUCGCGGCAAGAGCUUCUCAAUCUCGUCGAGCGUCCCGUUAUCGACACUUCGGCCACAGCUCUACCAUCACCUCCGCUUAACACCUCUCCGAUCUCCCAGGAUCUCGAAUCUCCUCUCGGCUCUUGCUCGGAACCGCUCUCCAGCCUCGAGCAGAUGCCUGACCGCGACACCGAGUGGGACGAGGAGCGCCGCGGCCGCGACUCCAUCCCCAUCGAGGCCGACGACGUCAAUGCCCUCUCGCUAUCCGUUGACCGCUCCUCAUCGUAUCUGGGUGCGUCCUCCAUCAAGGCCGCCUUGAUGUGCAUGCUCAAAGUGCAACCGGCACUGCGCACUCAACUCACCACCCCGCUCAACACGUCCGAGCCAGCACACAACCUCUCAGUCCGCCAGCCGCUGGCUUCUUCCCCCAAUGAUGCUCAGCGGAUCCCGUGGUCUUGGAAGGGCCAGACUCUCAUCGAUGCCUACUUCAAGCGAAUUCACGUCUUCAUUCCCAUGCUGGACGAGGCGGCGUUCCGCGCCGACUACCUGGAAGGCCAGCGCUUCGACCCUCCCUGGCUCGCCCUGCUCAACAUGGUUUUUGCAAUGGGCAGCAUUGUCGGCAUGAAGUCGGACGACUACAACCACGUCAACUACUACAAUCGCGCCAUGCAGCACCUGCCAAUGGAUGCCUUCGGAAGCAGCCAUAUUGAGACAGUACAGGCCCUCGCCAUCAUCGGCGGUUACUACUUGCACUACAUUAACCGCCCCAACAUGGCCAACGCCGUUCUGGGAGCCGCCGUCCGCAUGGCCAGUGCCCUCGGCCUUCAUCGGGAGAGCCUGGCCCAGAGCUCCAACGACGUGGCUGCUGCCGAAACCCGGAGGCGGACCUGGUGGAGCUUGUUCUGCCUAGACACCUGGGCCACUACGACCAUGGGGCGGCCAUCAUUUGGGCGAUGGGGCCCUGCGAUCAACAUUCGGCCCCCUGAGUUCGGCAUUAAUCAGGCCCGGGAUUCUGCCCAGCAUGCGGGUGUACUCCCCCUGAUUGAGAACAUCAAGUUCUGCAAAAUCGCCACUCAGAUCCAGGACAUGCUCGCCAUCUCGCCGCUCCUCCACACCGAAGACAGGUGCAACCUCGACGGCCAGCUGGUCAACUGGUAUAGCAACCUCCCCUGGCUGCUGCGGACGACCGACCCCUGCGCCGAGCCCCUGUACAUCGCCCGGUGCAUUAUGAAGUGGCGCUACCAGAACCUCCGCAUGCUCCUGCACCGCCCUGUGCUUCUCAGCUUGGCCAACAGCACGAGCAACAGCGGCCUCGUGCUCGCCCACGUCGCCGAACAGGAUAUCGCAGCCAUCGAGACGUGCCGCGAGCUUGCCAAGCAGACCAUCGAGGACGUCUCGCGCGAGUGGUCCCGGAACCAAAUGUCCGGGUGGAAUGCCGUGUGGUUUCUGUACCAGGCGGCUAUGGUCCCCCUCGUUAGCAUCUUCUGGCAGUGGAACAGCCCCCGGGUGCCCGAGUGGAACAAGCAGAUCGAGACCAUCCUGGACCUGCUCGAGGCCAUGGAGGACUGGUCCAUGGCGGCACGCCGCAGCCGCGAGGUCGUCUGGCGCAUGUACGAGGCCUCGCGCCACCCCAACCUCCGCAGCGAGAGCCAGAGCCAGAGCCCCGUCCUGCAAGCGAUGGGUGCGGAGCAAAACACCAUGAUCAUGGCCGCCGAGGCCGCCGACCUCCACAUGUCCCCCAUCGGUCUGGAGCCCGAGGGCAUGGGCAUGAUGGGCAUGCUGGACCAGCACGGCCUGUGGGACCUGGACGGCAUGUACUGGAGUGGUGGCAACGGGGCUGAGGGUGAUGCCUCUCAGGACGCCCAGGCCCAGGCCCAGCACCAAGCCCAACAACAAUCGCCCCAGGCCGGGCCCCCGGGGGGCGUUGACUUUGGCGCCUUCAAUGUCAACGAGCAGAUGAUCCAAAUGGAGUACGGCAUGCUCGGCGCCCAACCACCACCCAUGGACGCUGGUUUCUACGUUCACUGAGAGGGUGGAGGGGCCCUGUCUAACUGAUAUUCCGGGCUUGGCAAUCAACCCGUCUCGGCAUGGCCCCCCCUUUUUCCCCAACACCCUCUUCUCCCGCUUUUUCCCGGUCGACAGGACGCCCGCUACGCUGGCUGGGCAAAUUUCCUGCCGUCUAUGUUUUUAUUUUCUCUUCACUUCUUGUCAUAUAUUUUUCACCGCUUUUUUUUUCCUAU